AUGGACAAACUACGUCGCGUUUUAAAUAAUAAAAGAAAAUUAAUAGAGAAGAAGCACAAGUCAAACACAUUUGAAGUGCUGAGUACAUACAACACUAAUGAAAUCACUACACAAAUUGAGUUAUUAGAAAAUGCGUUCAACACAUAUGUUAAGACACAUGAUGAAUUAGCUCAAGAGCUUGAGGAGAAUAGUGAAGUAGACAGUCUCAUUGACCAGUUUGAGAACGUGUCAAGUACAUACAUGAGAGUGAAAGCGAAUCUCAAAAAUAUGAUAUCUGAAAGGAAUCCAACAGAGGUACGUGACAUGAAAAAAUACAUCAAACUACCUCCAAUAAACCUACCACAGUUCAGUGGUAAGUUGGAGGAAUGGUAUACCUUUAAAGACCAGUUUGAAGCUAUGGUACAUAAUAAUCAAAACAUUGAUAAUACACAAAGGAUGCAUCAUCUGAGGAGUAGCUUGACCGGGCAAGCAGCAUCAGUCAUAUCAUCAAUGUCAUCUGAUGCUCAUAGUUAUAUAGAAGCAUGGAAUCUGAUCAAAGGUUGGUUUGACAACAAACAUCUAGUGUUUCCAACACAUUUACAUUGCUUGUUCACACAACCAGUCGUGCAAGCCGAAGCACCGAACAUGUUGAAAACGUUGAUCGACACAACUAACAAUCACAUACGAGCAUUGGAGACAUUGGGACGCCCUGUUGAUCAUUGGGAUGACGUAAUAGUACAUACAGUAGCAACUAAACUGCCACCUGAUAUACGUAAGACCUGGGAAAUUGAGUCAGCAGGACAGGCAGAUUUUCCAACGUGGAAAACAUUAAGCGCAUUUGUGGAAGGGCGCAUACACGCACUGGAGGUCAUGCAGUUUCGACAAGGAUCUAGUGGUAAGAUUAAACAGUUAUAUAAUAAAACUGCUGUCCAUGCAGUCGUGGCGCAGAAAGAAGUAAAAACCAAAUGUCAGAUUUGUUCACAACCUCAUAGCAUUUACCAGUGUGAAAUGUUUAUGAAAGCAUCGGUUAGUGAGCGACAACUUAUGGUAAAAAAAUCACAAUUGUGCUUGAACUGUCUACGUGUGUCUACGUGUGGGGCAUUCACGUUCAGUCUGCUCCAUGGAUAA